AUGUCCAACACGACGACGGCGUCCGCGAAGAUCGGCAAACCCCCGAACAACCAGCGGGACUACAACAUCAUCCGGGGCAUCUACCGACAGUACGGCAUCGCCGGCCUCGACCCGAGCUUGGGAUACGUCUUCGCCGCCAAGGAGCCCGAGAAUGCCGUCCACGAGUCCAAGCAAGGGGCCAUCAUCGCCGGCAUGGUGGUCGUCAUGCUCGCCAUCAUCGUCCCGACGGCGGCGAGGCUCUGGGUCCGGGGACGAGGGGCCUAUACCAAGUUCGGGUGGGACGACUGGGUGCUAUGCGCAGGAGCCGUCCUGGCAAUAGUAUAUCCCAUCCUCCAGAUUCUCGUCGUCGUCGACGCUGGAGGCGGCACGCACACGUGGGAGAACACCUACGACGACUACCAGUUCUACUCGUACUACCUCACCCUCUGCCGGCUGCUGUACUACCCGACCGUCGGCAUCAUCAAGAUCUCCAUCACGCUCUUCAUCCGCCGGCUCGUCGACACGGCCUACCGCACCUGGAAGAUGGUGGCCGACGUCUUCCUCGGCACCCUCGUCGCCUACAUCCUGCUCGCCGUCUUCUGGAACCUCUUCAUCUGCAGCCCGUCGCGCGUCAUCUGGGACCGCGAGUUCGCCGGCAGCCUGGCGGAGCCGGCGACGUGCGGGAACCAGUUCGGGAGCGCCAAGAUCCUCAGCAUCAUCCACGUCGUCCAGAGCGUCCUGCUCCUCGCCACGCCCAUCAUCAUCCUGUGGAAAGUCCGCAUCGACCGCGGCAAGAAGGUCCGGCUCUUCAUCAUCUGGGCCGCGGGGGGUUUGACGGUCACGGGCGGCCUGCUCCAGCAGAUCCAGCCCUUCACGUCGCCCGACAUCUUCUGGGACUACACCGUCAUCCUCCGAUGGACGGUCCUCGACAUCGCCAUGGGCAUCGUGACGGCGUCCCUGCCGGUGCUGGACGCGGCCAUCAUGGGGUCCUGGCGGGCGGCCAGGUCGACGCUCGGCCUGUCGAACCGGGACCGGGAGAACAGCAGGGGCACCAAGGGGACGAACCACGAGACCAUCAGCUCGGGGCCGCGCAAGGCGUACGCCAGCUCGGCCGAGAACAUCAUGGGCAGGGACAACGGCAUCGAGAUGGACGUCGUUCGGCAGAACGGCCUCGACGCGACUCACGAGAGCGGCGACAACCACUCGAUUCCAGAUACGACGGGGCACGAUGGGAGGCACAGGGUCAACAACAUUGUAUGA